AUUAGUGUAAAUCAAAAACGCACUACGAAUUUUUACCAUUUGUAGAGUUACAAUUUUGUACUAAAAAUUGCAACUUUAGUACUAAUAAUAUUGAAGGAAGCCAUAUUAAUUUAUAUUGCUUCCUUUGCAAAUCAUUAUUUUCUUGUCAUUCGUCGUGUAUGGUUGCUGAUCGCAGUGCUACGGAGAGUGUUUGUGAAUUAAAGUAAAAUAUAUACAUAAUCAAGAAAAAAACAAUAUGGAAACUGCUACUAGGAAUGAAAAUGCAGGUCCGUUGCCUCAACGACCACAAAAGAAUCAAAAUAAAAAUUUAAAGAAACCUACUGAUGCAGUUGAUAAUGGUCCAUCUGAAAAAAAGCCACGUUUUAACCAAGGGGGUGGACCAAACGCUGGCGCUGGUGGCGGCAAUCAGAACAAAGGUAAUGCUCAAGGAAAUGCAAUGAAUAAAAAUUUUGGUGGAAAUCGCAAUCGCGGCGGCGGAGGAAACCGUGGUGGACAGCAAAAUAGAAAUUUCCAAAAUCAGCAGAAUCAAAACCAGAAUCAGCAAAACCAAAAUCAACCAAACCAGAACCAAAACCAGAAUCAACCCAAUCAAAAUCAGAAUCAACCAAACCAGAACCAGAACCAGAAUCAGAAUCAGAAUCAGAAUCAACAAAAUCAAAAUCAACAAAACCAAAAUCAACAAAACUCAAAUCAGAACCAAACUGAUAUAAAGACACCGCUAAUGGGUGGUAACCAAGAUGGUGGCAAUCAAGAUAAUAGGCCUCAACAUCAAAACCAGAAUCAAAACCGCAACCGCGGCGGUGGUGGUGGUGGUCGUAAUCGUGAUCGUGAUCACAGCCGUGGUGGUGGUGGUGGACGUGGUGGUAACCAAGGUAAUCAAAGUGGAAUUAUGGGACGUAAUGAUGAAUUUCAUAUUGGUCAAAGAUUGCGUGCAAUUGCGGGUCCUACCCAUGAGUUACCAACACUUGAAACUGCAUCAGCUGAGCCCAAGUUCUCUGGACGUAAUCGUUUAUAUGUUGGUAAUCUCACAACCGAUACAACAGAAGAAGAUCUAAUUGAAAUCUUUAAACCAUAUGGUGAAAUUGGAGAAAUCUUUUCAAAUCCUGAAAAGAAUUUCACAUUUUUAAAAGUUGAUUAUCACUCAAAUGCUGAGAAAGCUAAACGUGAAUUGGAUGGAUCCAUGCGUAAAGGUCGUGCAAUGCGUGUACGUUUUGCUCCAAAUGCAACUAUAUUACGUGUUCGAAAUUUAACACCAUUUGUUUCAAAUGAGUUACUUUAUAAAGCAUUUGAAAUAUUUGGUCCAGUAGAACGCGCUAGUAUUGUUGUUGACGAUCGUGGUAAAUCAACAGGUGAAGGUAUUGUUGAAUUCGAAAAGAAAUCAACAGCCAACUCUUGCUUACGUUUGUGCAACGAUAGAUGUUACUUUUUGACCACAUCAUUACGUCCUUGUGUUGUUGAACCAAUGGAUAUUAAUGAUGAUACUGAUGGCUUGCCUGAAAAAUCAUUAAACAAGAAAACACAAGAAUUCCAUCAUGAACGUAAUGUUGGUCCACGUUUUGCUGAUGUUGAUUCUUUUGAACAUGAGUACGGUACUAGAUGGAAGCAGUUACAUGAACUCUUCAAAUCUAAGCAAGAAGCGCUUAAACGCGAGCUUAAAAUGGAAGAGGAGAAGUUGGAUGCUCAAAUGGAGUAUGCACGCUAUGAACAUGAAACUGAAUUAUUAAGACAAGAAUUGCGUAAACGUGAGUCUGAUAAUGAACGCAAGAAAAUGGAAUGGGAAUUGCGUGAGAAACAAGCUGAAGAUAUGCGCAAGCGCGAUGAAGAAAAUAUGCGCCGUCAGCAAACUGAAAUGCAAUCUCGUAUGAUGCGUCAGGAAGAAGAAAUGCGUCGUCGCCAACAAGAGAAUACAUUAUUCAUGCAAGCACAACAGCUGAAUACAUUACUAGAUCAGCAAGAAGUUGGCUUUAAUUUGAAUGGUAAUAAUUUUGAUAAUAACUUUGGCGGUGCUAACAACUCACCAUUUGAGUUUAGAGGAAAUAACGCUAACAAUACCAAUAAUUGCGGUCCAAAUGGUGGACAAAAUAAUCAGGAUCCGUUUACAUUUGAGUUUGGUGGUAACAACCAAAACCAAGCUGGUCAAGGAAAUCGUGGUGGCAACAACGGCGGAAAUAAUAACAAUAACAAUCCAUGGGAACGAAGACGGCGUUUCUGAGAUUCACCAUUACCUUGAAUGGAACCCUAUAAACUAAAUUUAUUUAACAUUUCCAAAAUCUAGAAAAACAAAAAUAA